CUACCGUCUCACUGGCCGAUGGCCGCACCACCCCCACCCCCACCCGCCCCGGGCCCACCAUCUGCGAUGGCGGCCCUGAUUCUCCCCCUCGAGCCUCCGGGCCCUGGCAACUCGCCGUUCACGCCGUCCUCCGGCGUGGCCGGCACCGACUCGCCGGCGGGCACCGGCCGCUCGACCGGCGUCGCCCGCAAGACGCCGGCCCUGCGUCGCGUCACUCGCGCCUGUUCCAACUGCCAGACGAAGCACGUUGGCUGUGACCACCACCGUCCCUGCGGGCGCUGCGUUAAGAAGAACAUCGCUGAUACCUGCGUCGACGGAGAGCAGCUCAAGCGCGGUUGGAAGAAGGGACGCCUUCGGAAGGCCCGGCAUCCGGUCGACGGCACAACCGAGAAUACGGCCGGCGCCGUUGCCGUCGCCGCUCCCGCCACCGCCACUACCACCAGUGGUACCAUGCCGCCAGCGGGCUCGGCACCAGUUGCCGCCGCCGGCGCACCCCUGACUGCCGCCGAGGCAGCUACCGCCGCCAGUGCGGGCAUCGGUCGCCGGGUUCCCCCUCACCAUGUGCCGGCCCAUUCGACUCAGGCUCGCACUCCUGUCCAGUACCAGCAACAGAUGGCCUCCUCCCCCGCAUCGGUCUAUGCGGGACUUCCGCAUGGCACCCCCAGCGAGGGCUACCUGUCGUCCAGUCAGCUUGGCUCCGGCGCCUGGCAGCAUGCCUCCCAACAUGCGCAGUUCGCCUUGGCCGGCGCCCAAGCUGCCUUCCCGCGGGUGACCUCGCCCCCGGAUCUUGGUGCCCCCACCGAGUCCCUUCUCCCGGCCACAUCUAUGGCCACCCUCCUCUGGCAACAGCAACAGCAGCAACAGCAGCAGCAGCAGCAACAGCAGCACCAGCAGCAGCAGCAGCAACAGCAGCAACAGCAGCAGCAGCAGCAACAGCAGCAACAGCAGCAGCAGCAGCAACAGCAGCAACAGCAGCAACAGCAGCAACAGCAGCAGCAGCAAAUGCAGCAGAUGCAACAGAUGCAGCAGAUGCAGCAGAUGCAGCAAAUGCAACAGAUGCAGCAGCAGCAGCAACAGCAACAGGCGCAGCAGAUGCAGCAGGUCUCCAGUCCGAUGAUCGCACUGCGCAUGGCGCCGGCCUCCGCGCCGACACCGGCUCCCAUGUCGACAGCGGCUUCUGUCACCGCGUCGCCCACUUCGGCUCCCGCCCUGGGCGCCCCGCAGGAGCAGCUCCUUUUCGAGCAAAUCCGUCGGCUGGCCAGUAACGAAAAUGCUCCGCAGCUUCUGGAGCUCCUGCAAAACUUGUUUACUUCCCGAGGCCAGACUUCGCAGCCGGUGCCCUCCCCGGUCCCGGCCCCUGCCCCGGCCCCUAUCCCCUCCCCUCUCGCCAAUGCCAUCCCCAUCAUCCCGAACAUGCCCCCUGUCACGGCGCAGCCCAUGCCGACGGCCUCGGCCUCCCGACCGACCAUCCUGCCGGCAAACAUGCUGCCCAAUCCCGGCAUCACCACCGCCGUGGCUACCACCGCCUCUCCGGCCGCCUCGACCUCCCCCUUGAGCCAGCUCCUGGAGCCGGCCCUGGACUCGCCCGCCUCGCCGGCUACCUGGCCCACACCCCUGGCCAAACGCCAGCGCAUUGAGGACGCUCCCGCCCCGCCGGCCAUGGCGACGGCCCCGGCGCCCGCGACAACCGCCCAGUGCCUGACCCUGCGCGUGGUCAUCGCCAACACCUCGAUCAUCGCCUACUCCAGUCUGGAGGCCGCGGCGGUCAUCCUCGGCCCCGGGCAUGUGCCGGACUCCUGGAUCGGCCAUCCUCUGUCGACUCUCGUUCACCCCGAGGACCUGCCCAUCAUGGUGCACCUGCUGAACAUGGCCGAUCGGUCGGCCUCGCGUGGCAUGGCCCGCUUCCGGUUCCUGUCCGACCGGGCGGACUCCUCCAAUUCGGACUUCCGCUGGAUGGACAUCUGUGGCACGGCGGUGCCCACCCCGGGCGGCAAGUGCUUCAGCGUGGAUUUGGCCCUGCGCCGGGCGCACGCCUGGGCCCCGGCCGACGCGGUCGCAAAUGCCCCCGCGGCAGCCCCCACCACCGCCACUGUCACCGCCACCCCCGCCAGCCGCGCGCCUUCCCUCCCCGCGACCCGGUCCCAGUCCGGACCCGGGGGCGACCCGUUCAUUGCGCCGGCCCAGCGCUCGGCCACCGGCCUCGGGAUCGACAACGACUCGUCGCCGGAUGCCACGGCCAUUCUCCGGUUGUCGGGCUCCUCCCCGGCGACCGGGGGCUUUCCCCACUUGACAGCGCUGCCCAUGUCUUCGCCGCUGGCUUCGCCGCUUCCCGGGCCCGGGGAAUCGCCGGCUGCGGUGGCGGCUUCGGCCGCGGCCGCCCUGCUGGCCGUCGGGUCCCCCUCGGCGCCACAGACCCCGAGCGAGUCGCAUGUGGACUCGCCGCAUGCCGCCAUCAUGGCGACCACCGCGGCCGGCCCGGCUGGUGGACCCACAUCCAGCCCCGGCGGCAACUUCACCCCCCAGCAGCAGGCUCCCCAGCUUUUCUCCUGGCAGUCGUCCUUCCCCCUGUCGCUGCCGCCCACGUCAACCGCCUCCCUGCGGCAAACUCUCUCGGAUUUCCUGCAAAACCCGACGGCCAGCGGCGUGGAUGGCCUCCAGGCAUCCCUCGGCAAGUAUCAGGCCGCUUUGCAGGCGGAUUCGCCACGCGCUGCCGGGGCCGAUUCGGCCCUGUUGGCUGCCCUGGUUCCGGCGGCGGCGGCGGCGGCGGCGGUGGCGGCGGCGGCGGCGGCGGCGACGGCGACCACGGGGCCAGCGACGGCGGCCCAGCCGCAGCCUGCCGCCCCGUCUGCAUCGCCCUCCAUCGGCGGCCUGGCCAAUGCCGGGUACCUGGUGCUGGGGCAGGGUGCUCGGAGUGGCUCCUCGGCUUCUCUGCCCUCCGCAACCGCCUCCGCCGCUGCCCUGGCAGGCUCCUCCGGCUCCAGCGCGCAGGACCUCCUUUCGCCACCGCCUUCCUCCGCGGCCAGCAGCGAUGUGGCCUUCCUUUUGAGCCCGACCGCGCCCGACAGCGGCUCACUGCUCGCGGCUGCCUCGCCCAAUAGCCUGCCCAUGUCUCCGGCGGCGGCGGCGGCGGCGGCGGCGGCGGCGGCGGCGGCGGCGUCCAGGGCGACGGCGGCGCGCUUGCGCUCGGUCCCUGACACCCAGCCGACGGCUGCCCUGUCGGCCUUCCUCAAGAUGGCUCCAUCGGCAUCGGUGGCUCCCACCGCGGCCACCAGUACCUGGGGCGCUCCGACCCCGGCCAGCCAAGCCUCCACGCCGGCUGGCCUUCCUGCCACCAUGGCCGCCGCCGCCGCCACCACCACCACCACCGCCACUACCAGCGGGACCACCAUUCCCGCCUCUGUCGCCAGCGCCGACGCCAUGGGUUCGGUCGGUGUCUCGCGGGGCGUCCAUGAUGCCGCACAGGCGGCGGCCUCCACAUCGACCGCUGUGUCCACUCGGCAGAUGGCCAUGGCCAUGACGCCGGUCUCCACCGCCGGGCCGACCACGGUCCCUGCCACUCACUCGCCCGCCAUGCCGACCCCCGCCACCGGGUCACACACUCCCCAUCACCAUGCGCACGAGGGGCCGGACCAUGGGACGCAUGGCCACGCGCACCAUGGUCAGCAUGACCACGGCCAGCAUCCCCGGCAGCAGCAGCAACAGCAGCAGCAACAGCAGCAGCGCCACCACCACCACCAGCGGCAGCAGCAGCAGCAGGAGCAUCAUCAUGCCCAGCACCACGUCCACCACGACCACCACCAUCACCACCACGACCACCACCUUGAGGACGACUCGCCCGAGGCCGAGGCCGUUGCCACGCUCCGGGCUUUGAGCCACUCCUCCUCCGGCAUCUUCCAGUCUCCCCAGUCCCAGAGCAAGGAGGAUUCCGGGGCACCGGAGAGCGGUGCCGGCGGCCCGGUUGGUAGCCCGGGCACCGGAAGCGGGGACCCAGACACGCCGGCCGGUGCCCCGGCCGCCGGCACCCCCGGGGCCCUGCUGGCGUCGGAUCUGUCCGACGCCUCGAGUCCGGGCUUCGAUGUGCUGGGUGCCGGGGGCCGGGGCAUCACCGGGACUGGCUCCGGCACUCCCUCGACUGCCUCGGACGCUGGCGCCGGCGCCGGCGCCGAGAAGCAUGUGGAAUUCUCGCUGAAGUAUGCCAGCUUCGAUGCCCAGUGCGAGGGCGAUGCCCUGCAGGUGGCCCGAGUGCUGGAGAUCCCCCUGGGGGCGGCCAACCUCUCGGACACCAUCCUGGCGCCGGGGUUCCUGCAGUCGCGCACGCACGCCGAUGAUGAUGGCAAGCUCUCGCACCACUUGACCAGCCUGCUGCACCGGCACCUGCGCAGCUCGGACUUCUUCCUGCGGUUGCGGCUCGGACCGCGGGCGGCCCCGAGCAUGGGGGAAUCCCCCCCGGGCGGGGGGGGCCCUGACCAUGCCGGAUCCUCUCCCCAGGCCGCGGGGGAGCACCACCCGGCCGGUCGCCCCGCGGCGCCGGACUCCUCCCCGGCCGCCGCCGGGGCCGGUGGUCCAGGCAAGGCAGCCUCGCGGUCGCCGCUGGGCGGUGACAGCCACCGCUUCGCUUGGUUCCAUGUGAUGGCCAAUGCCAUUGUCGGACCCUUUGAAUAUGACCCCGUCUGGGUGGAUUGCCAGUUCCGUCGGCUGCCCUCGAGUGAAAUGCCCAAAAACAGCCUCACCUACUGAUGGGCGGGGGAAGGGCGCACGCGUGGGUUGUCGCUGAUCAGCGCGUGUGUGUGCACGCGCGCGCACGCACGCACACGCGUAUGCGCCCCGGCAUGCGCUUCGGCAUCUCCGUUGGUCAGACCCUGCUCCCUCCUUGUGCCCCCCUCCUUGCGCCCCCUCUUCCUCUUCUCGGCGGCACGCCCACACCCACACCGAUCCCUCUGGCCCGCAUUUUCCACAGGCGGCCAAAAGGGGCACACUUGUCCUUGGUUUCCUUCUCCUCCCUCUCCCUCUCUAUCUCUCUCUCUCUCCUCCCUCACCUUCUCCAUGCUUGGCCAUGGCUCUCCAACGCUCUCCUCUUAGGGAAGUCCUCCCCCCCCCCUCCCCUCCCUCCUCUCCCCCAUACAAUAGACCCCUAGUUUUCUCAA